AUGGGUCAAAUCAAAGUGGUGCCUCGAUUGAAACCUUUACCUUAUUCAUCCCAGGAUUUGCAGCUGGAGCUUCGAAAGCCAAUUCUCAAUAAGCAAGCGGCUCUCGAAAAUAUCGAAUUCUACUCUAACGAUGACAAUCCAAAUAAUAAAAGAGGAUUCAAAUAUAAACCAUGUCGUCCAAACCCUGCAUUCACCUCAAUGAUGUAUUCUACUACGGAUUUCCCACCGUUCAAUUGCCGACUCUCAUAUUUUGAUAAGUCUCCAGGAAUAUUAGUCGAUGAGAAUCUGACCACUGCUACUGCUAUUCAAGGAUGGAGAAGCGCGCGAGCGAAUGCCGUUAUAAGAGAAGGGACUUGGUAUAUCGAGUACAGACUCAUCAAGUCUAAUGAUGGAGAGAGCCAUGUCAGAUUUGGAGUUGCUAGAAGAGAGGCUAGCCUGGAAGCCCCUGUAGGGUUUGAUGGAUACGGAUAUGGAUUUAGAGACAAGUAUGGGCAGACGGUUCAUUUAAGUAAGCAGGGAAACUUCCUGCAGAACGAUCAAUUUCAGACUGGUGAUGUAGUUGGACUGCUCAUCUCAUUACCUGAUAUGAAAACACAAAGGCGACUGGCUAGUCAGCAAGUAAAUCAGCAAACAGUUGGACAACCCGAUAUCAAUAUUCCUGUUAACAAAGCCAUUGAGUUAGACAUUGUGCGCGACCAAAUCCCCAUCAAAUAUAAAAAUCAGCUAUACUUUGAACAAUAUGACUACACUGCAUCAAAAGAAAUGGAGCAUCUUUUGAACCCUGUGACCGUGUUUGGAGAAAAAGCUGUGAGAGACACGGUAAAGUUUGAGCCAUGCAAGCUUCCAAAUUCUUCAAUCACAGUCUACAAAAAUGGAAAGUGUUGUGGAGUUGCAUUCAAGGAUCUGAAUGCUUUUCUGCCGCCUGCUUCCGAACAGAAACAAGGCAAGGAAGCGAAAGGUAAGAUUCCUGAAACUAAAGAUGAUGGUUCGCUAGGUUAUUAUCCAAUGAUCAGCUGCUACAACCAUGGAAUAAUCCAGCUGAAUACCACUUCGAACAUUGUUGUUCCUGAAGAUCUCAAAGACGCAAUUUCGAAUGGAGAAGUCAAAUUAUACAAUGAAAGAUAUGAGGAGCGUGUUCUAGAAGAAUAUGUGUACGAUCUUGUGGACGAGGUGACCAACGAGUAUCUUGAUGACAUAGAGCGCAUGAGCAUGCUUCAAACCUAAUAGAAGCUCACCAUAUUCUCAAGCGAAGAGUCACACUGGUCAGCAGGGCAGGUUUCGGUGCGAUGCGAUUGGGUAAACAAGUCGCGACAGUGUUCGUGAAAACAGACAUAACAUCGUGACUUUGAGCACCUAUAUCCCAUUGUUAUGAGUUCCUUACAGCCAUGACACAAUGAAACUGUUCCAUCUGGGUUCUCGGCCGACUUAGUCUCGAACUUGGAGAUCAAGUAUGACUUAAGCUCAGCGAGAGCGCGCGCACUAAGGGUGUAUUUUCCUUUCACAGUUUCAAGCCAUCCUGAGGAUUCCAACUUGUUGAUAAACUUCUGCGCGUCAGUGAUCGUUUGAAUGUUUCGUUUCGCAACAUUGAGUGCUUGUGUGUAAGAAAGAGAAUAUGUUAAGUUAUCCUCAUCGUCAAAUGGGCUUUCGAACAUUUGAUCGAUCAACUCAUUAAUCACACUAAUCUCCUUUUCAGUGUAACUUGUAGACAGCUUAAUAGAGGGCGACGAUUUGGUGUUCACAAAGCUAACGUUGAUGUUUUUCUCGUCAUCUUGAGCCAGGGUCUCCACUAUUUCGAGAUCAAGCGAUGCAAGCUCUCGGUUUAUUAGUGCGAUUGUUUUGACCAAGCUUUCAGGGCUGAGGGUUGGCAGCUCUGGUCGAGCCUGCCGGAGCAAAUCACGUAAUUGCUCCUCUUGAUCUGAACUUGAUGGUUCAGGAUGAUGCUUCUCAAGCAAACAUUUUAUCACGAGUUUCACAAAAACGGUGUACAAAACUUCGAAUUCUAUGCUCUUCACUGCCAUCAGGAACUGGAGAACUGAGCGAUGUAGAUCGCCAUAUUCCUCCAAUAUCACGGUCACCAUGGACUCCAUCUGGUGUUUACG